AUGGCGGAGGCGGUGGCGUACGAGGAGCAGCGGCGGAGGCAGAUAGAGGCGAACAAGCGGAAGCUGGAGGAGCUGCAGCUCCACCACCUCUCCGCCGCCGUCAGAGAGGCCACCGCCGCUGCCAAACCCUCGUCGGCCAAGAAGCGGAAGGCACGGGUGCCGCGGGACGCCGACGAGGAGCCGCUACGACGGUCCGGCCGACUCGCCAACCUCCCUGAGAAGCCCAUGUACCGCGAGGUCAAAGUGAACUCGCCAUUUCUGCAGGUCAGCAAGUCGAAUGCGCGGGUGACGCGGGAGCCGCUACGGUGGUCCGGCCGACUCGCCAACCUCCCCGAGAAGCCCAUGUACCGCGAGGAUUCGGACGAGGAGAGGAGUUACGCCAUCUUUAAGGCUGAGGAGCUGGUGCAAGAGCUGGGCUCCAGCUUCCCCAUCUUCACCCAGCCCAUGUCACUGUCUCAUGUCACCGGAGACUUCAGGCUGGGCCUCCCGACAUAUUUCUGCCAGAAGCACCUGCCGAAGAGUGAUGAGAUGAUCACCCUGGUGGAUGAGGAGGAUGACGAAUCAGCCACGCUCUACCUCGCAAAAAAGGCUGGCCUCAGCACUGGAUGGAAAGGGUUCGCCAUCGAGCACAAGCUGCUUGAUGGAGAUUGCUUGGUCUUCCAACUGAUUGAGCGGACAAAGUUCAAGGUGAUUGAGAUCUAUUUUGCAUAG